AUGGCCCCCGUCCACGUCUUUGUCAUGUACCCACGGAAAGCGACCUUCGACAUGAAGUACUACCUCGCGACACACAUGCCGCUCGUCAAAAAACACUGGACACAAUACGGCCUCACCAAGUACACCGUGACGCAGUACGAGGACCCCGAAUCGCCCUACAGCGUAGGCUGCGUGCUCGAAUUCGAUAGCAUGGACUCGUACAAGAAGGCAGGCGCUGGACCCGAGAAGGACGAGGUCUUUGGCGACAUUCCAAACUUCUCAAACGAGAAGCCCACCCUUUUUGCGGGCGAGGUGACCGGCACGUCGUAG